AUGUCUAUCUGGAGACCAUUUAGUUUAGAAGAAGUCAACACUGUCGAUGAGACGACUCAGACGACAGAGGAGCCAGGGUACCUGCCGCUGCCGCUACGCCAUGGGGAUGGUCAAGUUUCCUCAGGUGGUAGUUCAGGCUACCAAUCUUUAAGUACGCCGUCAUCGUCAUCCCUGCCUGGCCCACCCGCCGCCGUUUCAGCACCGGAGGUAAAUGCAGAGCUGGAUCCAGGAUAUCAGCGUUACGUUGAGGCUGCCAUGGCUGCCAUAAAAGCUCACCGAGGUGGCACUUUAGUCGGAAGCAAUCCGAACAUGCGUCGCGCUGUGCGGUCGCAAGCGCACGCCGGCACCGCGGCGGAAGACGACGCCUACCGACGCACGCGCGAGAAGAAUAACGCGGCGGCGAAGAAGAGCCGCGACCGGCGGAAGCUGCGCGAGGUAGAACUGUCGGUGGAGCUGUCGUACCUGAAGCAGCAGCUGGCGGCGCUCAAGGCGACGCUGCGCUCCCGCGCCUGCACACGCUGCCGCCGCUCCUGUCUGUGCUAG